AUGCAUUAUAAAACAUUGAAGAAUAUCAGUGAUAAACUCUUUAAUGACGAAAAUCCUUCAUCAUCAAUCGAUCAAGCAGUAUUAAUUUCGAUGGAAGCAUGUUGUAAUGGUUCUACUGUAAUGCCUCAUGAUAUCGAUGAUGUAUCAAAUUCUUUGCAGCUGGACAUAUUUCAGAAAAAAAUGUUCGAACUGUCAGAUUCAACAGCUGAAGAAAAAUCUAUAGAACGUAAAUCAAAAAGUUGGAUUUUGUUGAGUGGAUCAAUAUUUUUAGAAUCACCAUUGCUUAACAUAUUUCUUCAAUUCUCCGCAUUCAAUUCACUAUCAUCCAACUUCACAUUAACUGUACUUUGUUUUCUUGUCAAAGAACCACGACUAUUCGAAAAUUGGCUAUCUCAUAAUCUAUCUAUUCAAGAUUAUCUAAAACAUACUUUUCCUUUGUACGAUACUCGUGUUCGAAAUUUCUUCAUAUUAUUAAAUUCUUCAAAAUAUCUGCAAGACAAUACAUUACUUGUUGACAAAGAAACUGUUUUAAAUGAUAGUGCGCUUCAGGCAUUGAUGCACGAUCUUUUUCGUAAGGUAUCAUCAAAAUAUCGAGCCAGUGACAACCAACUUCGUGACGAAAUGGCACAACUACUAUCACCUGUCCAACGAACAACUCGUGACAUACUUGUUACCAGAAGCUGUUUAAAAAAAUACUAUCAACGGAGCAUCACAAGUCGAUUCAAACCACUUCUUCACGAUCUUCAACAAUCAAUAGCGACUGUUAAUGCUGCUCGUUAA